GGCUAUACAGCGCAUCGUAUCGCACACUUUCCCAGUGAGCCAUGAUACACAUAUAAGCCGGUGUCUCCUCUCUCCUUACUUCAGUCGGCGUUGCUGCUUUUCUAUCUUUACAAACCUCGUCACUCGCUGAAGCUACAAUUUCCACUUUCAGAACCACCAGUCGUUUCCAAUCGCUCAACAGCAUGCAUAAGUUCCUCACCAUAGCUGCCCUCUUGGCAACCACGGCCCUCGCGGCAGACCGUACACCAGCCCUGGUUGCCCGUCAAGUAGUCGAGCUCCCUUGCUCCUACCAAGGUGAAAAAGAGUGUGGGAAUGGCUGCAUCCCGCUCUCCUAUACUUGCUGCCCCAAUAACCUCGGUGGCUGCCCCUUGGGUUCCUAUUGCGACGGACUGGGUUGCUGCCCCAAUGGAAAGAUCUGUACCGGUCCAGGAGGCGUUUCCACUCGCCCCGGAUCGACUAUCUCCAUUACCAGCACUCUGACCAAUACGUUGACGUCCACAAGCACCUCCACUCACACCUUGACGUCCAGCGAGGUCGUGACCCCUUCUUCCACCCCUACACCUAGCUCGAGCGCCUCAUCCUCCCGAAGCGUCAUUCCUCCUAGCUCGAGUGCGGUGUCUCCCUCAUCAUCUACGCCGGCUGUGUCGCCCACCUCUCCUCCCCUUCAUACUGGUGCAGCUUCUCACUUGACCCCGGGUCUCUAUGCUGCUGCCGGGCUCAUUCUUGGUGCCGCUAUCCUUUAGAUGAGUCUUGAUGGGUACUCGCGUCGUGGUACUGUGGAUCAUGG